AUGAAGUUCCUUACCGCAAUUCUCAGCAGCACGCUCCUGGCGUCUACUGCUUUUGCUGCCCCUCUGACUGCUCAACGUCAAGCUCGCACUGAGGCCCGUCGUCUUGCUCGCUCGGCUGAGCGCCAUAGCAACCCUCCUUACAAGCCAGAAUCCAACGAGGUCAUUCACUUCAACGAGACCUCUCAUGUGGAAUAUAGCUCCAACUGGGCGGGAGCUGUUCUAGUGGGCUCUGGUUAUACCGCAGUCACGGGUCAGUUUACUGUCCCCACUCCCAAGGUGCCCAGUGGCAGCAGCAGCAGCGGGACAUACUCCGCCUCUGCUUGGGUUGGUAUCGAUGGCGAUACCUGGAGCGAUGCCAUCCUACAGACCGGUGUCGACUUCACCAUUUCCAAUGGCAAAGUGAGCUACGAUGCUUGGUAUGAGUGGUACCCCGACUAUGCCUACGACUUCAGUGGCAUCUCCAUCUCCGCCGGCGAUGUCAUCAAGGUGACCGUGACAGCCUCGUCUAAAUCUUCCGGCACGGCCACCAUCGAAAAUGUGACCAAGGGCAAGACCGUGUCCCACACUUUUACCUCCAGCAGUGUUGAGGGUGAUCUGGGCGAGGUCAAUGCCGAGUGGAUUGUCGAGGACUUCGAGUCUGGCGGUUCUCUUGUGAACUUCGCCAACUUUGGCACUGUCACUUUCACUGGUGCCGCGGCUACCGAUAAUGGAUCUUCUGUUGGGCCCAGCGGAUCCACUAUCAUUGACAUCAAGCAGAACAACGAAGUUCUCACCUCUGUGUCUACCACGUCUAACAGCGUGACGGUGAGCUAUGUCUAA